CAGCUCCGCCCGUCGUGAGCUGCUACAACGCCAGCGAGCGCGUCUACAAGGGCUGUUUCGACGGUAACGUCACCUUGACGGCAGGUAAUGACAUUGACCUCUUCUGUGCCGGGGGAUGUUUUGAGAGUUCCAUGAAGGUCAGCUCAUUUCCCGUCAACAACAGGAACAGCGCCACCACCAGCAACCACGCCACAAGGAGCGCAGAACCUGACCUGUCAGAGCGGGACACUUGAGCUCCUGAGUAAUGUAUCGGAGAUGCCCCCUCGAUGGAUGGCUAAACACGAGGUGUGCGAGAAGGGCUGGGGCUGCCAAGAAACGCUGAUCCUUGUUGACAACGGACCCCAAGUGUACAUAGUAUUCAACAAGGGCUGCACCCCGGUGGUGGAUCAGGAUGCCCGCAUCACGGAGCACAGGGCAGGCCCUGGCCUCUCUGUCCUCUCCUACACCCACGUGUGUCGCCACCAGGACAACUGCAACAACCUGUCCACCACCCUCCCGCUCUGGACCCCGCCCUCCAUCAUAGGGCCGGGCUCCCUGCGGUGUCCAGUCUGCUUGUCCAUAGACGACUGCAAGUCUGCGAAAGAGCUGACCUGCCCGGCCGGCAGCACGCACUGCUACCAAGGCUCAAUACAGUUCAGGGGAGGGGGCAUCUUCACCAUCCUGAGAGUCCAAGGAUGCAUGUCCCAAGCAGGCUGCAACAUGCUUAAGGGGACUCGGGAAAUCGGGUCUAUCGUUGUGCGUGAGGACUGCAGCCCUAAGGCUUCUCUGAUCUGUGAAAAGGGGGUCAACACAUACAGAUCUCGAGGCCUGUCUCAGAUGCCCAUCAAUUGGAACUCAACUACGAACAAGAUUUGUGACCCCGAGGAGGUGUGUCAGGAGACAGUGCUGCUGGUAGACGCAGGACAGAGCUCAAUCAUAGUGGGGAGCAAAGACUGCACCAAGGGCAGGAUGCAAGAUGGCUCGACAGUCUCCAUAUACUCAGGGCCCCCCGGAGUGCUGGUCGCCUCCUACGCCCAUUUCUGCUCCUCCAACAGGUGCAACAGAGCCAGAAAUACCAGUGUCCUACUGAACUCUCUCCCUCAUCCAGCGGCCCCUGCCCCGGGAGACGUGCAGUGUCCCAUCUGUGUGCAGGCCUUGCAGCCCUGCCCAGAAAACCUGGAAAACGUCACCUGCCCUAACGGCACGACUCACUGUUAUAGCGGUUUCAUUAGGCUCUCCGGAGGUGGGGUCAGCUCUAAAAUAUAUAUUCAGGGCUGCAUGACUCAAGCUUCCAGCUCCUUAUUGAAUCGUACACAGAAAAUCGGGAUCUUCUCUGUGGCUGAGAACUCGGAGGAACCGUUUGAACCCCUUCUCCAAGACAGGGCUGUCUCCACCCCCUUCCUGGCUUGGGUGGUGGGACUUGGGUUAUCCCUAGCCCUCUGGUGUGGGAUGCCUCUCUCCUGACCCCAUUUCCCGAGGAUUCUUAACUCCUUGCCGAUUCCCUAAACCAAACCUUCGUAACCAAACAGCCUUGGACGUUGAGUGGUUUCCUUGUGCUCUCCAUGAAUGAUCACCCCCGACGCACCCACAGACCUGAUGACCCGAUAGCAACAUAAGGGAGCAGCUGGGAGUGGCUGAACUUGCCCUCUGAGAGAGUCAAGCAGUGGCCACCUGUGUCUGACAAUAAAGGCAUCGUCCUUUCCCUGAA